AAACAUGAUUUUGGCAGCUCGCAAGCAUCUUUUUGCUACCAAUAUCAUUUUCUUUUUCAUCAUUUAUGUAGUGCAGAAAUUCAUACAGGUCUUCUGUAUAAUUGAGGAGAAGGCCUGCAAUAAUGCCAAUUGUACCCCAAAUAAUCGAUGUGACGAUCGUUGUAUUAAACCCAUUGCUGAAUCAACUCCAGCAAAGCCAGCUGUAUUAACACCUCCUCAAUCACCAAUUCCAGCAGUGAAAGGUCUUCGUCUGAUACCAUUGGCCAUGCGCAAAACCAUGCGCAAUUUCGGUUACGGCGAAGGACACUAUCAAAUGUUCGUGGAGGAGAAACAGCGUAAACAACCCACCUCCAAAGCUCGCUUAAAUGCGGCCGUUGCUGAAGUUAAACUCAAUCCAAAUUAGUUUCAGUGGUUACAGCCAAGAAAUAAACAAACGUUUGCUCAUUUAAUACAGAACAAAUGUUUGACAAUUUUACUAUGUACUUCCUAAUUUUUAAUAAAGUUCAAAUCUAUUUCUCCCUGUUGUGCAUAGUUAAUACAAAAAAAACUCUUGAAUUUGAUUUUUAU